AGACGUCAUACCCUUAUGGAAAGAUGAAAUGAGCGCAUGAAUACGUAGGGAAUCCGUAAAUAGACAGCGUGCAUGAUGAAAAUGUUCCGGUUAUUGAGAAUUGCGUUGGUGGUUGUGCUGAUGAGGCUCAGCGACUGCGCAUAUGCAAGGGGCCACCUCGGGACGAAAGAGGUCGUAGGUCGGGAAUCUACACCCAAUGUAAGCAACGUUGAUCGAUCUCGGGGUUAAGGAACUGAUAUUAGCGCACAGAGAAGUUCUUAUCUAGGUAAACGUACGCGCUUCGCCCCAACCGGAUGCCUUUCUUUGUCCUCCAAAAUAUUGGAAUGCAUCCCCGCGUUCAUCUGUGCAAAAAGAGUAUCAGUGCAGCUAUGUGUGGACAAAGGGAUACUUUGAGCAAGGCUACCGUCAUCGAGUUGUGUAUAUGUAAAUUUGUGUGCUCACGACUACACUUCCUAUCAUCUUUACUGGAAAAUGGCACACCCUGCAGAGGACUACUAUGACAUGCCUGUCGAGAUGUUGCCUUCUGCGAACUUUGCAGGCCGCCCUACGAGCGACAUCAGCAUGAGCAUGUACGACGGGCUUUGGGAUUUAGUGUUCUCCCCCUCCUGCUAUUCUUCCGAAGACGAAGCGGCAUACGAUGACGAUGAAGCUUCUAUACAGCAACGAACCCCACCGCGAUCAUCUCCUUCGCCUACUCAGAUGGAGUCGCCAGUGAGACCAACAAUCAGAGUAACGUCACCGACGCUCAAAGAAAAGAGAAUUAUAUGGGGAGAAAGCUUGGGCAACGAUGAGAGCAUGAUAGAUCGACCACGAUUGCGGAAGAAGUCCCAGACAGCACCUCCUGGCGGCUUUGAAGCACAGGUUGCACCACCCCUGGAGCCACGACGGGCCAUCAGUGUAAGGUUGAGCUACUCGAACACAAUCAGGAAAAGAAGGCCGAAGUCGGAUGAUGGGUCUGCGAACUGCUUGGAUACUAGGAAGGUCUCUAGCAAUGGGGUAUUGGGACCACGGAGGGCAUUGCCGAAACCACCAUGCCAGGAUAACGAGGCGACAUCGCAUUGUACGACGCGCACGCUCGGCUCCUAUCUCGAUAAGUCGCGAGGGCAGGGAACAUUGAAACAGAAGCAGCUUAGAACGCUGAAUACUCUGAACACAGCUCUGGCGGACUUUGAGUCAAAGAUAUUACCUACCUCGCCCAGCUCGAUGUCGGAAACACCACAAGAAUGUUACGCAACACCAGAACGGAUUGCGACAAGUGGAACUUUAGGUAGUCCACGCUCAUCUCACUCGUGGGGUCUGAAAUUAGUCCGACCUGUCAGACCUAUUGCUCAUAUAACCCACUCGCCCUCCUCCGCACGGCCAAACGUAGAAGCCCAUUAUACGCUAAAGCGCAAACACCAUGGAGAUGUUGACGCGGCUGAACGGCGGAGAGUUUAUCUACCCGGGGCGAUCAUGCUUGCAGAGCAUCCAGCUAAGCUUCGCAGAGAUUCUGUCGCAACGCUUGAUCCAUUUACGUUUGACCCCAAGCUAGACUCACCAGGAAGGCGAACAUCGGAUACCGCAGGGCUGGAUAGUAUGGUCAUGUUUUUUGAGGAGUUUGGUGUGGUCGCAAAGGUUACUGAAGCCACCUUUGACCAGUAUUGGCUACGACAAAGUCUAAACAUGAGUGACGCCAUGGACGAAGAGAUGGAGGACUUUGUCGCCCGCAAGGCAAGCGUAUCAAGCGUGAAGGAGGUAGGGCCAAUGGGUCCUUAUGUCGCCCAGGGUCCUCCCGGAUUGAAGUCCUCGUUCUCGUCCGCGUCAUCUAUGGUUUCUAUGCACCCACCAGAAAAACGUAAGCGGAGUAGGCUGAGAGGACUGCUAUCACCAGGCCUUCCUGGCGCAGCCUUUCUCAAGUCCCCUGCAAGUCGGGGACAGCAGAUCGAAAGUUCAUAACCAAGAUAGCAAU